AUGGAAAUUGCAUGUCCCUUGAGUUGCGGGUUUUGCGUUCUCGAUCGCACUGGAAUCGAUUGUCGCGAUGAAGCAUCCGAUUGUCUCGAAAGAAUUUCAUUUUGCAGACGACCACAUUUUCGAAGAAUGAUGAAGAAUCAAUGCUCCCGUACUUGCCAAUUCUGUCAAGAGAGCAAAAAUGAGAAACCGAAACCUGGUAAGAGCUCCAUUUCGAGAAAUGGAAAUAAUCUAAACGUUUAA